AUGUCGACCCCACUUGCCCACGCAAAAAUCGUUCUUCGCCGUUCCAGCGAACGCGGAUAUGCAGAGCAUGGCGGCUGGCUCAAAUCCUUCCACACAUUCAGCUUCGCCGGAUACAUGGACCACCGCUUUAUGAACUUCGGAUCCCUCCGCGUCCUCAAUGAAGACCGCGUCGCCGCCAGAAAUGGCUUUCCCACACACCCGCAUCGCGAUGCUGAGAUCUUCAGCUACAUUCUUAAUGGCGAGCUCACACAUCGCGAUAGCAUGAUUAAAAAGGGAUCGGAGGGUGAGCAGGGGAAAUCUUUCUACCGUAUGCACCGGGGCGAUGUUCAAUUCACCACUGGUGGAACAGGUAUUGCGCACUCGGAACAGAAUGAGUCUAAUAAGCCUGUCCACUUCUUGCAGAUCUGGGCUUUGCCUUGGAAGAGUGGUCUCAAGCCUCAAUAUCACACUAUGAGCUUUAGCGAGGAGGCGAAGAAGAAGGACUUUGUUCCUAUCUUGUCGCCUCUCGCUGCUGGCCCUGAGGCUACUCCUGCAGAGGAAGCUGCUGCUGUGCCGAAGAUUCCCAACACGAUUCCCAUUCAUGCGGACUUUGUCAUGGGGGCUGGUAUCAUUGCUCCCUCUACGACGUUCAAGUGGAAUAUCGGCGCGGGCGAGGCUGUUCAGUCUAAGAAGAAGCGACAUGUUUAUAUCCAUGUCCCCAUGACGAAGCAGGGCAAGGCCAAGGUCAAGAUCGGUGGCCGUGAAGACGCUGUGCUGGAGGAGGGAGAUGGUGCAUUUGUCUCCAUGGUGAAUGCUGGAGAUUGGCUUCAAGUUGAAAGUAUAGGAGAAGUCGAAGCAGAGGUGAUUGUGCUUGACAGCGACUAG